AUGAGCAGCAGGUGGAACAGGAGCCAGGCUGCAGUGGGCGAUCCCUGGGGACAGGCAUUAGGAGCACAAGCUGGAAAUGUUUCUCCCCCUGUAGCAUCCUCAGCAGCCAACUUCUCCAAUCAGUUUGUGCAACCCUCUUGGCGCAUUGCCCUGUGGUCUCUGGCUUAUGGUGGUGUGGUGGCAGUGGCCGUUUUUGGAAAUCUCAUCGUCAUCUGGAUUAUCCUGGCUCACAAGCGCAUGAGGACUGUGACCAAUUACUUCUUGGUGAACCUGGCCUUCUCUGAUGCCUCCAUGGCUGCUUUCAAUACCCUCAUCAACUUCAUCUACGCGCUGCACAGCGAGUGGUACUUUGGAGAGGCUUACUGUCGCUUCCACAACUUCUUCCCAAUCACAGCUGUCUUCGCCAGCAUCUACUCCAUGACAGCGAUAGCUGUGGACAGGUACAUGGCCAUUAUUGAUCCCUUGAAACCAAGGCUCUCUGCAACUGCUACCAAGGUGGUCAUUGGGAGCAUAUGGAUUUUGGCUUUCCUGCUGGCCUUUCCCCAGUGCCUAUACUCCAUAACCAAGGUGAUGCCCGGGAGAACUCUUUGCUAUGUAGCAUGGCCGGGUGGUCCAAAACAGCACUUUACGUACCAUGUCAUUGUGAUUGUACUGGUCUACUGCUUUCCACUGCUAGUCAUGGGCAUCACUUAUUCCAUAGUGGGAAUUACCCUCUGGGGAGGAGAAAUACCAGGCGACACAUCCGACAAAUAUCACGAGCAGCUCAAAGCUAAGAGAAAGGUGGUAAAAAUGAUGAUUGUGGUUGUGCUGACAUUUGCCAUCUGCUGGCUGCCCUACCACGUUUACUUCAUAGUUACAGGGAUCUAUCAACAAUUAAAUCGGUGGAAAUACAUUCAGCAAAUCUAUCUGGCCAGCUUUUGGCUUGCCAUGAGCUCUACCAUGUACAAUCCCAUUAUCUACUGCUGUCUCAAUAAGAGGUUCCGAGCUGGCUUCAAGCGAGCUUUCCGCUGGUGCCCCUUCAUUGAGGUGUCCAGCUGUGAUGAGCUAGAGCUCCAGACGGCCAGGUUUCAUCCCACCCGUCAAAGCAGCCUAUAUGCUGUGUCCAGAAUGGAGUCCAGCAUGACAGUGGUGUUCGAUGCUAAUGAUGGAGACAACACCCAUGCCAGCCGUAAGAAAAGAACAGCCCCAAGGGAGACAAGUUCCAAUGGCUGUUCACAGAGGAAUUCCAAGACCGUCUCCACAGCCUCAAGUCUCAUCAGUUCACUGCACACAUCAGUAGAUGAUUAUUCCUAAGCAUUUGAUGGUGACAGUUGCUAGAAGGGCAGCACUGGACAAUGCUCUCCUACUUUGGGACUAGACAUCCAUACCACAAGAACGCAAACGUAAUUCCACUGCCAAACCCUAGCUAUAAAUAUUGUGAGACUUUUACACAUCGCUUCUUUGCGUUGAAGAGAAAAAGGAACUUGACAACAUAUGUAUGAACCAGUACGAAAGCACAGUCACACCUUAUACAUGGCAAUGUUUGUAGGGAUUACCUAAAAUAAGCCAAUAGCAUAAAAAGUAUUGUUUUAGCUGUGUCUGACCUGUGGCAUCUAUGUUUCACUUACUGAAAUGUAACAGGCUCCUUUACUUAUUGAAGGCGAACUGUACAAUGUUUUCUAUUACAUGUAUUAAUUCUACAGUAACAAAGUUACAUAAGACCUAAUUAAAAAAUUUCUUUAUAAUGAAGACCUAAUGAGCCCCAAGUCAAUUCAAUUGGUUUACAAUUUAGCCCUACUCCCAGACAGACGAAACGAAGUUCACAUGAAUGAAGUUCAGCUCUGCUUGCAAUGGUACAUUUUUUCAAAUGCAUAUGAAAAAUGUUUUCAUUUUUUUAAAGGAGAAAAUCUCUAAAAGACUAAGUUAAAAUAUACUGAAGUUUCUAUAUUACUGAGCAUCAGCCUCCAAUGGAACACUUACUUUCAGGAGGAUAUAUUGCUUAGAUGAAUGUCCUAUAGCUUUGUAUCUUAGUGCUAAGAGUAAGCUCCUAACAGGAGCUUUGUGAUUGACUCUAGAAAGGUCAAAAAGUUUAAACUGGAGAUUCACAUGUAAGGACAAGUACCACUGCAGCAAUAAACCCUUCACUGUGGAAGAUACAGUAACAUGUUUCACUAUGAAACAACUUCACCAGGAAAAAAAAAAUAUAUAUAUUUGGACUAUUUUCCUAAAUUUUCCAUAGCUAGAUGCAUGGAUGCAUGUAAAAAUACUCCUCUGUCUGCAUCUGAAAAUGUGUUAGGAAUUAUUACACAGACACUUUCCUACACAAUUCAGUCAAAAUCCACUGACGAUCACUGUUGCAAGGAAAGCUGAACUUAAUACAAAAGGGUGCAGAGGGCAGCCUGGUUGUGUGAAUGUUUGUACCCAAACAGUUAAUCAAAACUUAGGCAAGAGUGCGAACGUCUUCCUAAGGUAGCCAGGCCAGCACAGGGGAGUGCGUACAUGGCUCAAGCCAAAUACGUACCAAAGCUGAGCAGUUAACAGAUGAAAAUGUGUAAAGAGAAGGGCUUGAGCAGGCUUUAGCCCACAUUCCUUCCUAGCAACUGGGGUUGCCAGCAUCAUGACAGUAAGCAUAUCAUAAGAGACUGGUAAUAAGAAUUAUGUUUUUAUUGUGAUUCAGCUGUAUAAUCAAUUGCUAUAUUCUGCUAAGUGUAAUUUGUAUUUUUAUUGUGAUUUCAGUGCAUUGCUGUAUCACUCUGCUAAAUCAAACUCAUGUGUAUGGUCAAAUAUGCUCAAAGAAGUAAAUCUGGUAUUUGAUAUUAAACUUUCCAUGUGUGGAAUAGCUGAA